AUGUCCCCUGAGCUCACUUCCUCCUCAUCAUCCUCCGCGGACUCUCCUCACACCGGACUGAGGCGUUCACAGCCCAUGCACAUCCUCGCCUUCAGGAGGUUGCAAGAGGAAGAGCAGCAAUUGCGGACCUCAUCUCUCCCAGCAAUACCCAACCCCUUCCCAGAGCUGUGCAGUCCAGCCGGUUCCCCGUUGCUCAGCCCUGGGUCCCUUCCGCCUGAAGAACCGUCCACUGGCAAAUAUAUUGUGAAGAUCUUUGGUGAGGAUGGUACACGGAAAGUGGUGGAAAUACCAGCAGACAUGACAGCCCGGGACCUGUGCCAGCUCCUGGUCUAUAAAAGCCAUUGUGUGGAUGACAACAGUUGGGCACUUGUUGAGCACCACCCACUGCUCGGACUAGAGCGGUGCCUUGAGGAUCACGAGUUGGUGGUUCAAGUCCAGGCUUUAAUGAACAGCGACAGCAGAUUUGUCUUCAGGAAGAACUAUGCCAAAUAUGAAUUCUUCAGAAACCCUUCGUCCUUUUUCCCAGAGCACAUGGUCGCAUGGUGCCAGGAGACAAACCGCACGAUUCCUCCGUCUCAGCUCCUACAGAACUUUUUAUCCUCCAGCAGCUGUCCUGAGGUGCAGGGUUAUUUAUAUGUGAAAGAAAUUGGAAGGAAGUCUUGGAAGAAGGUCUACAUGUUUUUACGACGCUCUGGUCUGUACUGCUCAACUAAAGGAACCUCAAAGGAGCCGAGACAUCUCCAGUUAUUUGCUGAUCUUGACGAGAGCAACAUUUUUACCGUUAUUUCAAGUAAAAAACAGCACGGCGCUCCUACAGACUCUGGCUUCUGUAUCAAGCCCAAUAAGUGCAGAGGGGAGCUGAAGGACCUGAGGAUGCUGUGUGCUGAGGACGAACAGGGUCGGACAUGUUGGAUGUCUGCCUUCAGAAUUUUUAAGUAUGGGAUCAUAUUGUACCAGAACUAUAAGAUUCCCCAACAAAGGAAAACUUUGCUCUCGCACUUCUCUGCUCCCGUUAGGAGUGUUUCGGAAAACUCUCUCGUGGCAAUGGAUUUCUCAGGGCGGACAGGGAGAGUAAUAGACAAUCCAUUAGAGGCCCAGAGUGCAGCAAUGGAGGAAGCGCAAGCCUGGAGGAAGAGGACUCAGCGAAUGAAUGUCUUGGGGUCACAUAGUCCCUUACACCACUCCUCCUUCAAUUCCGUUAUACAUAUAGCCCAGCUGUGGUUCCAUGGGCGGAUAACCAGAGAAGAAUCACAUCGAAUUGUCCACCAACAGGGACAAGUAGACGGGUUAUACCUAUUACGAGUCAGUCAGAGCAAUCCAAAGGCGUUCGUGCUCACAUUGUGCCAUCAUCAGAAAAUCAAACAUUUCCAGAUACUACCGUGUGAGGAGGACGGCCAGCUCUUCUUCAGCCUUGAUGACGGUUCAACCAAAUUCACAGACCUGAUCCAGCUGGUGGAGUUCUAUCAGCUGAACCGCGGAGUGCUGCCCUGCAAGCUCAGACACCCAUGCACCGUCGUGGCCUUAUGA